CUUCCCGGCCUCUGGGACUCACGGCCUCCGCGCGAUUCCCCCCGGCCGGCCGACCUCAGGCUCUGCAGCAGGCCUUGCCGCAGACACCAGCUGGGCGCCCACGUGCUCGGGCCGCCGCCCCAACAGCGCAGCACACCCUGCAUCCUCCGCCCAGCUCCCUGGCUCCUCCGCGGGGCAGCCGUGCGCAUGCGCGGAGCCGAGUCCGGCUGGGCCGCAGCGCGGUGGCCGGCGCUAGCUAUAGGCACCCGCCCGGCCCCGCUGGUCGGUCCCCGCCUCGUUUUCUCUCCGGACCCCAACAGACCCCGGCUGAGCAGCGAGAGAGGCCAGGAUGUCGCAGACCGCCAUGUCCGAGACCUAUGAUUUUUUAUUUAAGUUCCUGGUGAUUGGAAAUGCGGGGACUGGCAAAUCUUGCUUACUUCAUCAGUUUAUUGAAAAAAAAUUCAAAGAUGACUCAAAUCAUACAAUAGGAGUGGAAUUUGGCUCAAAAAUAAUAAAUGUUGGUGGUAAAUACGUCAAGUUACAGAUAUGGGACACAGCGGGACAAGAACGAUUCAGGUCUGUGACAAGGAGCUAUUACAGAGGUGCAGCUGGUGCGCUCCUCGUCUAUGACAUCACCAGCCGAGAAACCUACAAUGCGCUUACUAAUUGGUUAACAGAUGCCAGAAUGCUGGCGAGUCAGAGCAUCGUGAUCCUCCUCUGCGGGAACAAGAAGGACCUGGACACUGACCGGGAAGUCACCUUCCUAGAGGCCUCCAGGUUCGCGCAAGAGAAUGAGCUAAUGUUCCUGGAGACAAGUGCACUGACUGGGGAGAACGUGGAAGAGGCAUUUGUGCAGUGUGCACGAAAAAUACUCAACAGAAUCGAGUCAGGUGAGCUGGACCCAGAAAGGAUGGGCUCAGGCAUCCAGUACGGAGACGCCGCCCUAAGACAGCUCCGGUCCCCACGCCGCACUCAGGCCACGAGUGUGCAGGAGUGUGGCUGUUAGAGCCGUUACACAGGUGUGCCUGUUCCCAAUGGCUCUGUUUUUCAAGUGUCUGCGUGGUGUUGGGACAGUGGCUGGAGCUUGGAGAAUCUGCAGCUUUUCCACCUCUUCUCUGCGCAGAAGUAGAUUCUUAUGGGGACGCUACUCCAGCUGGCGGAGGCAGCCCAGGAGCCACGUAAUAAACCUGAUGUGAGGGACGACACCGGCCGAUGUGUACGCGCAUGUGACUUUCCUGUUCCACUUCCCCCGCCUUGUCCGAGAGCACACACGCUGUGCCGUGUGGGCCCCGUCCAUCUCCCCAGCAUGUUCCUUGAGUGUGAUAGGAUAGGAAUGGUGCUCUAAAUGCAGUUGGAUAUUUCUUUAACCACAGGCACAGAGAUUCAUGUUGGUGUACUUGUGACCAACGUGCAAGGGCCCUGGCACCGGCACCCAGGGUCCCACUUAUUCAACCGCACUUACCACACUCCACCGUACACGCCCCACACUUGAGAUGCUGGAGCAGUCGCCCUUCACCAGCGACCCGAAAUGAAAUAAAAACUGGUGUUUGGUGAA